AAGUGUAAGAAAAUAAAGUGAGUGGAUGAUUUUGAUAAACUGAUAUCCUUUGAUAAUUUCGUUAACGUAGACGACCACCAUAAUCUAUGAUUAUCAUUAUAUGUAUUUAAUGAUAAUUUUACCUAAUGCUCUGUACAGAAUUUUCUUAAACUGUUCAAUACAUAUAACUUAACUGUCGGUAACUUGUAUGUAUUUAAAAAAAUAUAUAAUUUAAUAAAUUUCUAAUCAAGUACUUCACUUCCCAAAAUGGUUAUUAACGUGGAUCUAAAAGGUUUUGAAGAAUUUUCGAAAUAUACUCGUGCAAUUGAUUCUCGUGGUCCCCCUGUAUUUUUUUACUUUAGCGGUUCAAAGCUACCUGAUGGCAAUAGCUGGUGUCCCGACUGCGUGGAAGCUGAACCAGUCGUCAGGCAUUACCUUAGUGAGCUAGACAAAAGUAUCAUUUUUGUCUAUGUCGAUGUUGGAGAUAGAGAAUAUUGGAAGGACAAAGAGUGCCCGUUCAGAACGGACAGUCGCUCUAAGUUGAUGGUCAUACCGACUUUAAUAAAAUGGAAGGGAGUACAGAGGCUUGAGGGAAGCCAGUGCAGCAAUCGGGAACUUCUGCAGAUGUUGUUCGAAGAAGAAGAUUAAAUAAGAAAAAUCACCAAUUCUUUUAAGGUAGAUUCUAAUACUAAGAUCACCAACUAUAAUGUAUGAGUAGAUUAUAUUAUGAACCAUAAAAUAUUUUAAUUCUUAUAAUAACCAUCAAUAAAUAAUAAAGGAUAUUGGAGAAUUAUUAAUUAUGUAAUUAAAUUUUAGAUCAUAGCUAUAUCUGGAUAUAAGGGUAAAUCAAUAUCAAUUGAUACAAAAAAGACAGGGAGUUAAAUAAAUGCCAAUCCCACUAAAGUAGAGACUAGAAGUAACUUCGCUACGAAAGAAAUGUUGCCAUGCUCCUGUCAUAAAAUUGCAAUUGAUGUUCUAAAUAAAUUUGAAAUCUUACAUUAAACAAUGUACUGAAUAUAACACAUCAGUAAGGUGGUCUUUUAAUUAAAUAUUAUAUCAACAUAAAUUGACAUUUUUAUUGCAACGUUCUACAUGUUAUAAUGUCUUCUUGGUGACAAAAUAAAUAAAUAAAACACUGGGCAGAAGUGACUUUUAAUAAUUUAAUGGAAAUUCUGUGUAAACUCAUACUUAUAAUUAAUUACUGGUGAAACGAGUAUUAUAAUCAGUGCAGGUACCUACAUGUCUUUGUCUAUUUUUGUAUUCAGGUAGAAAUGCGUUCCUAUACUAAGGGUGGGGCAGCAGUUAGACUUUUAAACAAAUUUUCUGAUAAACUAGAAAUCUGAUGUCAGUGCAAGAAACAAAGAAUACUUAGCAUAUUAUUCAAUUCAAUGUAAAAGGGUGGUAUAUUAUAAACAUUGAACAAAUUGGUCAUGUUGGAAAUAGAAUAAGUGGUAUUAACAUAGGUACCAUCAAUAUAAUAUCGGGGUGAUCAUAAGUUUACCAGUUCUGGCAACACAUUUAUUCUCACUUAUAAAUAUAGGUAUAUGAAUUUUUAUCUAUUGAACUAGCUACGGAUGUAUUUUUGAUCUGCUGAGCAAUUAUUACCGAAGUUGAGGCAUAUAAAUACAUCACAACAUGAAGCCCACACCCAUUAUAGACCGUGCAUGUGACGCAUUUUUGCAAAACAAGUGAACAAAUAAAGGUUUAAAGUAAAUAAAAAAGUAUUUUAUUGUUUCUUCCAUUAUUCCUUUAAUACAAAAUAAUAAUUAAAAAAAAUAUAAAUUAAUAUCAUCAAUACUUAUCAUCAGUCCUUAAUCACCCACUAUAAACAUUAAGAUAAAAAAAUAUAAUCCCAUAAUCCGUUUAUUAACUACUGAUGUUGUACUAUUUAAAAGUAACUAUUUCAUCACAGUUUUUACAUAAUAUACAUACACGCAAAACGUAAUUACAUAAUUGUAAUUUAACAAUAAUUAGAAUUAUCUAUGCUAUGUAGCUUACUUUAUCAGAUUUUAAUAUAUUUUAUAUACCUACCUAUGAACGGUUGCCCUGUUCAGGUAAAUGAUUUUAAACUAGCGUCCUGACUAAAAGAGCCAGACUUGAAACUUAAAAAAUGCUCAAUAAUAGCAUGAGAAGAAAUGAGAAAACCUUUAUACCUUUUUGGUUUAAGUUUGACAUAAACGGCCAGCAAAAAAUAUUGAUAUUUAUCAACAAAAAAUGUAUAGAAGUUUUUUUCAUACGCUUAAAUUUGUUAUAGGGAAAUAAAUAAUUGUAUCUAAAUUUUGUAUUUUUGUUAUCUAAUGUUUUAAAUACGACAAUACUGGCGGAACUUUAGCCAAGAUCUUAUUAAAAUUGUGUAAUGUGACAUUAUCGCCCGAACCGAAACUCCUAAUAUACUCUAAUAAGACCCAUGCCUGCAUGUACCGCAUGGUACAAUGAUAUAAAUUGUAAAGUUAAUACUGAAACAAAAGCAAGCUUAAUUAAGCGCUAACUUAUUUUUAAUGAGUUAAUAAUUUCGGCGACCCGCAAUGUAACGUAAAGGCAGUUAGCGAACUUCGACCAACAGAUGUUUAUUUGUUUCAUUUACAUUGCGUACACGUGCAAAAAUAUUAAUGAAAAGAAAACUUUUCGAACGUGACAUUUUAACGUUUUCGGGAUACCGUUACACCGUAGACUAUAUUUAAAGGCAGUAAGCGCGUGUUCGAGGUUCACUAGUAAUAAUAAUAUAUUCAAAUAUACACCACGGUCCAUAUUUUGUAUGUGAGGCGUUGAGGCGUGAAGAAUGUUAAUUCGGAAUGAAAGUUAACGUUGGUGAAAGUCGUUUUGAUUUUAAAAUCUAGAUUUUCUAUUGACACAACACGAACGCCAUUUCUCAGUUUGUGCGGCCAUUACAUACUUUCUUAGCAAAC